CAGGUGGCAGUGUUGUUGUAGUGUUGUGAUUGCUGGCUCAGCUGUCACCUUCAUAUAUACCCUCACUACCUCCAUACACUCGUCAGUACCUCACUACCAUCUACCUUCCUGCCCACUCAACACCAUGUAGUGCCCACUACCCAAGAAUUGAGGGAGAUUUGCCUCUUUUGUGGGUCAAGGCUGAGAAUGACUUGGAUGGUGUCAGGGAUAAGGGUGUAUGUGGGACACCCAGAGAGAUGAACAAAUGUUAUGGCCAGCAGGGGGGUGAUUGUGUAAAUUGUGGAGUUAGCACAUCUGCACUACGAAGUGAAUUAGAGGUGCUGAAGCGACGCUUGCUGGAUCGUGACGUAGCUAUAGUACAACUGGAAGCGCAGAUGGCACAAGACAGGCCUGAUCAUUACCCACAAGGUCAGGUGACUGUCCUGAGAGCACAGUGUGAUCACUGGCAGGAUAAAUAUGAUAGGCUUCUUGAGGCUCAUAAGCGACUUCAGAAAGUGAACCAAGGGCUUGAAGACAAGCUUUUGCGUCUGGUGGAUCGCACCGAGAGUGAGAAGUCCACCUUGGCUGCUGAUACAGCCAGCCUUACUACAGCCCUCACCACUGCUGCACAGGCUAUCAAUAGGCUUAAACAGGAGAAUGAUCGGUACAAGAAUGAUCUUAAUUUGGCCAUCCAACUUCUUCAGUGUAAUCCAUCCAAGUAUGCUUCUCACAAACUGGACUCCCUUCCAUCAGAUGUCCAAAAGAAGGCCAAAUUUCGUCUUGCAAGGGAGCCUCGGGACAACCCGAAGCCCGAAAUGAAAGUCAUCAAAGUUCCUAUCCCAACUUUCCCACCAACUGCAAUGGUUUAUUCAGUGAAUAAAUAUUCAGAGGAAAAUGAAAAGGAUGAGCCAGUGGAUGCUGUGUCUGCAGCCAUCAUGGCUGCUGUGCUGGAAGAAAGACAACGUGAGAGAGCCAAGCGCCAUUGUUCCACAUGUUCCUGUGGUUCACCUAGAUCUGACACUUCUGAAAAUGAUACCCUUCAAAUGGAAGAGCUGAAUGGUAAUGGCAAUGGUACAAGUAAUUGUAUAUUUCAUCAAGAGGAAGAGUUAAGUAGGGAUAUUAAAUCACAGUUCAAGGUAAAUGUUGUGGAUGUUGGAACACAAGUGCUACCUUCAUAUAUAGGAGAGACAGGCAAAGUACAGUCAACCUGUAUCUAUUGUCACUCUUCUAAAAAUAUGUCAUCUGAAAAGGUGUCUUCACUUGACCGCUUAUCUAGCAAAGCAAUGAAUGUGUCUCAGCACUCAAGAUCCAAAAGUCAACCAAUUAAUCAAGUGACAAUGCAGAUGGAUGAAGAUCAUAAUGUAAUAAAAGCUAGUGACCCAUCAUACCAUAAUAGUGUAUUGAAGAGUCCAACAGCCAAGUCCUUCACAUUUGGCUCCCAGUCAGGAAGUGCUUGGGACUGGGCAGCUGAAGGCCAUGAUUCAGGGACUCCCUCCACUCCAUCUUCUCUAAUUAGUGCUUCCUUAAGCUAUGAGAGUGAAACAAGUAAUGUGACAUCACCACAGGAUUCACCUGGUAGAUUAUCCCUAAUUCCACCAAAAUCUUUAAUUAAAUCUCCCAAAAUCAGUAACACAGAUAUUACCAGAGUGCUUCAAGGUGUUGAUGUAAGUGUGAAUACUUCGCAGAUGUCAAGACUAACAGGUGAGACGAGUGUGCUGGUAUCAGCUGCAUCACCUUACCACACUACAGGGACUUCAUCUCAACGCUCUUCCAAUACCAGUUCUAGCCAUACGCCAUCAGUAACACCUAAUAGUUUUCCUCAGAGUCAUUUACCACGACAUCAUAUUGGUUGCUCAUCUCCUGUUUCUACUACCUCAAGCAAAACACAUGACAGGGCCAACCCUUAUUUUUCACCAUCUCUGGCUUCUAAAAUACCAUUCAGUGCUCGGUCUCCACACCAAGAUGUGUUCACUCCAUCGAUUCACCGUUCUCCUCCUCAGUGUGUGUCCAGAGGAAGGAGAGAUCUGGCCACAGAUAUAGUAGCUUCCAGCACUACUACAGCUUCUAGUACAGAAACAAGCUUGUGAGCUACUUGACGAAUCAACCUACCUAGGUAUCAGACCAUUUGUACCUUUUAAAUAGAACUUUGUGACAGUGAUUGCUGAUAAAACUAAAUUACUGGUAAUUCUAAUUGCUAAAAAGAAAUCUUAAAUAUUUUUUAAAAUUUUACAGUGGCUAUUGUGUGUUUUUUUUGUGCAUUAUACCUAGAAAAUAAGCUAUAGGGUAUUCAAGAAAGAUGUUAACAGCAGCCAGAAGGAACAAAGUAGGCAGUGUGAUGUCAAAAGAGGUUGACAAUAAUAUUUGAAGAAUAACUAUUCCCCUAUUUACCAAUAUGUCUCUUAUAAAAUUUUUAAAUGAACCCACAUUUUCUUUAAUCAUGUUACUUCAGGUAAUGCUCCAGGGAAAGUGGAAGGCAAUAAAAUUAGUUUUCUGUGCAUUUUGAGAGCUGUCAUAAACUUUAGUUGUGUAUGGAAGUACUACCAUGGCUGAAGAGUGGAGAAGUUUAUUAGAAUAAUUUUUGUCUGUCCUGUUUGGUUUUCAUCUAUGGUUAAUGUUUAAGUACUACAAAGAUGCUUCAGUCAGUUACAACCUAUCACAACCUUGAACUAAACAGACUUCAUUUUUGUCACAUUGUACUAUCCUGGAUUUCUUCAUUUCUUUCUUCCAAUAUUAAAUCUUCCAUUUCAGGCAUCCCCAGUAUUUUUUACACAUUUUAGUGGCUUCAUUUCUUGUGUAAGCCAAAGUUGCCAGUUCACUUUUGUGUUAGUCAAAUUAGCAUGUUAUGUUGUAUCUUGAAACAAAUGCUUGGCAAAAAAAAAAAAAAUUGCAUUUGCAUUGGAAGAAAUAAAAAUUGACAGUGAUUGGUGAAAUUAUGAUAAAGCAAUUGCAAGCAAC